AUGAGAAUUGUACGUGCAACGGAGAAGUACUCGGCGGAGCUUAAGGAGUUCUUGUGCGCCGCUGUGCAGAGGAGGAGAGACGACGACGGGUUCCGAGGGUCUGGUGGUGGUAAAUGGAGAAAUGCGAUGGAUCUUGAUUCUGACGGUGGAAACAGAUUGGUUUGUGUUACUGGCGGCGUUUCUUAUCUUGGUCGCGCCAUUGUUAAACGGCUUCUUGUUCAUGGCUACUCUGUUAGAAUCGUUUUGGACUGUAUAGAGGAUAAAGAGAAAGUGAAUGAGAUUGAAGCUGACGCUGAAACGGCAUCGUUUAGCAACAGGAUUACGUCGGUAGUGUCACGAUUAACAGAGACUGAGAGUUUGGUUAAAGCAUUCGAUGGUUGUGCUGGCGUCUUCCACACCGCAGCAUUUGUGGAUCCAGCUGGAAUCUCUGGUUAUUCGAAAUCAAUGGCGGAGUUAGAGGCAAAAGUGAGUGAGAAUGUAAUAGAAGCAUGUACAAGAACAGGGUCAGUGAGAAAAUGUGUCUUCACAUCAUCUCUUUUAGCCUGCGCUUUGCAAGACAGUUCCUUUCACGAUCUUGAUCACUCUGUUAUCAAUGAAGAAAACUGGAGUGAUGAGCAACUCUGCAUCGAUAAUAAGCUUUGGUAUGCACUUGGAAAAUUAAAAGCCGAGAAAGCUGCUUGGAGAAUUGCAGAUUCGAAAGGAUUAAAACUUGCAACUAUAUGUCCUGCUCUUAUAACUGGUCCUGACUUCUUCCAUCGCAACUCCACUUCAACUUUGGCCUACCUCAAAGGUAAACCAUAA